UCAGCUGGGACUCGUCUUUAUCUAUGUCUUUAUCUAUGACCACUGUCACUGCUUGCUCCGUUUGAAGGGUGUAAAAUAAAUACCGCUAAUACUGAAAACCACUGAAAAGCGACGUUAAACAGCUUAAUUUUGACCACACCAUGGAAGACGACAUGGAGAAAUUCGAAAUCACGGACUACGAUCUGGAAAACGAAUUCAACAUCAACAGGCCCCGUAAGGGCCUGAGUAAACAGCAACAAAUCUAUGGAAUAUGGGCGGACGAUAGUGACGAUGAGCCGGAAACCAAGAAAACCCACAGGAACAGCAACAAGCCGAAGAACUAUUCAGCCCCCAUUGGGUUUGUAACUGGCGGCGUGCAGCAAGCCGGUAAGAAGACCAAGCAACCAGAAGUAAAGCAUGAGUCUGAGGAUGAACAUAAGCCGGGCACCUCGUUCCGCGUUCAGCACAGCUCAGAGUCCGAAGAAGAAGCCCCAAGAAUAGGUCGUUGUUUUGUAGGAUUUGGCACCUCUCAAGGCAGGAAAGCCCCACAACAAGCUACAAUGAUGGAAACCACUGCAGAUAUCGCAGGAUUCAGAACAAAGAGUAAAGUAGACCCGGCUUUAAUAAACCAAGGAAUGGGCAACUGGGAGAAGCACACCAAGGGAAUAGGGGCCAAAUUGCUACUACAAAUGGGCUACGAGCCGGGAAAGGGACUCGGCAAGGACUUGCAGGGGAUUGCAGCCCCAGUAGAAGCCCAUCUCAGGAAGGGCAGGGGCGCCAUCGGAGCCUACGGCCCGGAAAAAGCUGCCAGCGUCCCAAAACUCAAAGAACAAAUUAAGCCCAAAGAGGGGGACGACAGGGAUCUAAAGGGGCCGUCGAAAUGGAAACGCACCGAUGUGGCAGCCAAAAAAUCCCGCUACUACUACAGAAGCGUGGACGAUGUAAUUGAAAAAGGAAAAAAACCAGGCAGAGCUCAAAACUCGAUCUCCAGCGAACUUGCCAAGGUUAAAGUCAUCGAUAUGACUGGUCCGCAGCAGAGAGUUCUAAGCGGCUACCAUGCUCUGAGCGGCUUGAAAGCCCCCGCAGGAGUCGAGCACUUUGAGGACGUCGUUCACAAAAAAUGCCAAAACUUUGCGUUGCCCGAAAUACAACACAACCUAAACAUGCUGGUUGAUAUGUGCGAACAAGACAUAAUACGGACCGACAGAGAGACCCGACUUGUCGAAGACAAGCUGGUGGCGCUAAAUCAAGAGCAAGUGAUCAUCAAAAACGAAAUCACUGAAGAAGACAAACUGGUAAACAACCUGAAACAUGUUCUGGACGUUGUCGAUAAACUGCUCGAUCCGUUCCAAGACUAUUCCCUGGGCCAAAUAGGGGAGAUAUUUAGAGGCCUCUUGAAAGACUAUACAGAGGAAUAUCGCCGUUACGAAUUGGGCGAAUUGGCCCCCGGCUUAGUCGGUCCGCUUCUCACAUCUGCAUUAGCCAAUUGGAAUCCGUUGCAACAGCCCAGUCAGUACACGGACUUAUUCGACCAAUGGAAGGCGAUUCUGGAAGAGCCCCAACAGCGUGGGACUCUAGAAGGUAAUAAAGUUGGAAUACAGCCAUACGAUAGUCUCAUAUGGCACACUUGGGUGCCAGUUAUGAGGGCUUGCAUUAGCUCGUGGAACCCGCGCAAUUGCGACCCGCUGAUUAAUCUGAUUGAGGCCUGGAAGCCCACGCUUCCGAUGUGGAUACUCAACAAUGCCUACGACCAGAUGAUUAUGCCCCGAAUCUUGGAAGCAGUAAACGGCUGGAAUCCGCUAACAGACACCAUUCCAAUUCACUUGUGGAUUCAUCCUUGGAUUCCACUGCUUGACGAGAGGCUGCACGAAAAAGUGUACCCGAUAAUCCAAGAGAAGUUGGGCGCCGCCUUGAGCGGCUGGCAUCCCUCCGACCGAUCUGCUAAGCUAAUGCUGCAGCCCUGGCAGCGCGCGUUGUCUCCAGGCUCGUUUUUAGCCUUCUUGCUCAAGCAUAUCGUUCCCAAGUUGCAGCACUGCAUGCAAAGCAUGCUCAUCAAUCCCCAUCAGCAGCUUCUAGACCCCUGGCAGUGGGUGAUGGAUUGGAAGGACAUGCUGUCCAUCUCCAACAUGACGCUCAUUCUGGAUAAAUUCUUCUUCCCCCGAUGGCUGCAAACGUUGGCCAUGUGGCUCAAUCAUUCCCCCAACUACACACAAGUAACCGAGUGGUAUUCCGGAUGGAAACGGAUGCUGUCAGUCGAUUUGCUGGCGCAGCCCACCAUCAAAGACAGUUUCCACAAGGCGCUGGAAAUGAUGAGCAGAGCGACGACCAUAAUCCAGCAGCCAGGAGCCAAAGAGUCAAUUUCCUACUUGUCCAGCAGCGGGGUCAAUUCCACGCCAGCCGCACCUGCACCUCCAAAAAUCGACAGCUUCGCCGAGGCUGUAAGGACAGCGGCGAAAAUCCCGCAAGGAUUCAAGGAUCUAGUGACCAAACGGUGCGAAGAGCGCGGCAUUCUGUUUGUACCCAUUCCGAACAAGUACCACGAAGCCAAGCAGGUUUAUCGGAUUGGAACCAACGGGGUCCAAUGCUACAUAGACAGAAAUGUGAUUUUCUACAGCCAAAAUGGCUCGACGUGGAUACCCACCUCCCUGAAUCGGCUAUUGGAUGUGUCGUGUUGAGGAGAGUUUUUUUUUGGGUCAUCGGGGACAAGUGGAAGGUUCAACCAAACCAAUCAAUUUGACCUGUAUAUUGUUCACUGAUUGUUGAAUGUAAAAUUAAUAGUAAAUAAACAACCUACUACAGGCAGGA